CCCCGGCGAUCUGGGCCCUGCGCAAGCUUGUUUGCUUUGAGCCGCUUUAGCGCCGAGCCGAGCGUUGUGCUGCCAUUGCUCAGGAACAGCAACACAUCCUCACACCAUCUACUUAUACACCUUGUGCUACUUCAGACAUCCUCAUCGGGGUAUCGCUUCAAUAUGGCUGCCAUGGAAAUGCUGUCAAUGGGCGCGCGCUCGCUCAAUCACUCCAACAACGAUGCCGAAGCAGAAUACGAUCGCCUCCGUGAUCUCGCCCGACAGGAAGCAGCCAAGCGCGGUUCAUGCUUCGAUCGCGCCCACCAGGCCUACGAAUCCGGCGAUGGCGCGCGCGCCCACGAACUGUCUGAAGAGGGAAAACAGCAUGCUGCCAAAAUGGAGCAAUACAAUCGCCAAGCGCGCGAUUAUAUCUUCCGCGAGAACAAUGCCAAUGGUCGUGUGCAGGACGAUACCAUCGACCUGCACGGCCUGUUCGUCGAGGAGGCCGAGGAUGUGCUCGAGGAGCGCAUCAAGGCCGCCCGAAGCAGGGGUGAAGAUCAUCUGCACGUCAUUGUAGGCAAAGGAAAUCACAGCCGCAAUCAUGUGCAGAAGAUCAAGCCCAGGGUCGAACAAGUCUGUCGCGAACUUGGCUUGCAGUAUCAGACUGAGGAAAACGAGGGUCGUAUCUACGUGAACCUCCAGGGCGGCGCCGUGCACAGCAUGCCUCCGCCGCCGCAGCAUCCGCAGUAUGGUGGCGGUGGAUACCCUGGGCAGCAACAGGGCGGUCAGCAUGGCGGUCAGCAGCACGGCGGCCAACAACAUGGUGGGCAACAGCAUGGUGGGCAAAACCAUGGACAGCAGCAUGGCGGCCAGCAUCAAAACCAGCAAAACAACCAGAACGACGACGUGGAGCAGAUGGUACGGAAGGGUCUGCCAAAGCUGCUCAAGAAGUUGGGCUGCUGUAACGUCAUGUAAGGCGUUGUGCAGACAUAGUGUAUACAAUAAUUUCCACUGGCAUUGCUUU